CUCCGCCACCCGCCACUUGCCACCUGCCACCUGCCACCUGCCACCUGCCCGCCACCACCACUUCUUUGAACGUAGUGCAUGUCUGAAGGAGACGUGUCACUAAUUCGUGACGAGGACCUUCUGCGCCGUAUGUGGCAGCAGACCGAGGAUUUUUCCCGCAAGAAAGAAAUCCGCGCCCACAUGUACCGCCUGCGUGAGGAACGCUUGCGCAACCUUUAUUCGCCGGACUACGCCUCCGACGGAAAAGACCUGAAGGAGCUCUCGAACGCCGGCUGGAACGUGGAGUCGGAGAACAGAACGACGGACGACGGCCACACCCACGUCAAGUCCGUGCACGCCAACAUCGAGGGCCGAUACGACGUCGAAGGCGGCAAAGGUCAGUUCGCAGCCGUUGACCAUCACAAGCAGGCGGUCACCGAGUACCAGGACGAGAACAGCAGUCUGAAGCGCAACGAGAGCUCGUCCAACACGGCGGCGCACGAGCAGGUGGUGCGCCGCACCGAUGACGGGACACACUCUCGUCCACUACCAGCUCCAGUUCCAGCUCCAAGUACCAGCAAGUAUCGACCAAAAACGAAACAGUGCCAUAUUCAAACGACUACAACCAACGAACCCUUGACUCUAACCGCAAUGAACAACUAACGAGGAGGACUCACGAGAAUACCGUGGGGAACAACUACGACAACGGAGAACUGGUGUCCAGGAAAGUGGAAUACCCCGAUGAUAACACCCGGGUCAUAGUCGAGACGAGAUGUCUGCCCGACGGAACUCGCGUCACCAGCACUCGCCGGGAGUUCCGUGCGCCUGUACAAAGCACCCGCUCCGAGCAGCGCUCUCAGACGAAGACCGAGAGCAAGUACAGCUCUCUGCACAAGUCCGAUCA